AAUAUAACAGGCAUCAUUUUCAAACUUCGGGUGUUUGGAUGCUGCUACUGUCCAGGGAAGCUGCACUGAGAGGUGACAGUUGGUUUCAAAUAUUUAUUUUUAUUUACUUUAAAUAGAAGAUGGCAGAUCCUGAAAGCACAAUCAUAAACACCAGUGUGACACAGAAGGACCCAAAUGAAGCUCUGGUUAUUGCUGUAACUACAAGGGCCAUUUUCAACAUGGAAAAGGAGCAUGAGAUUUUCUUGGCAAAGGGCAAGGAUGAGUAUGUGAAGCAUCAGCAAGCCAAUGAGAAUAUCUCCUUGGAGCCAGGGACAGCCUUUGCUUUUGUUCAGGCAGUGCAGUUUGUAAACAAGAAACUCCUUGAAAGAAACCCAGAGGAGAAGGGGCUCUUUGAUGUUAUUGUUCUUUCCAACAAUAGUCCUGAGAGUGGUAUGCGCAUCAUCAACAGUGCGAAACAGCAUGGUCUGGAAAUCUCCAAGUUUUGCUUUGUCAGUGAAGAAGAUUCUACCCAGUACUUGAAGACCCAUAACGUCAAGCUUUUUCUCUCUGCUGACAGGACAGAUGUAUGCAAUGCACUUCAGAGAGGAGUUUCAGCAGCACUCAUCUUCCAGCAGGAGAUACAAGCUCCCAGCACUCAGCUGCGUGUGGUCUUUGAUGGUGACGCUGUACUCUUUUCUGAUGAGACUGAUCGCAUCUUUCGUGAGAAGGGGCUGGAGGAAGCUGUUCGGUAUGAGAAAAUUAUGGAAGCUGUGCCCAUGGGAGAGGGCCCAUUGAAAGCCUUUGCUUUGCAUCUUGGGAAGAUGCGCAAGAAGUUUGGUCAAGAGGACUCUCCCAUCCGCACCUACUUGGUAACUGCCCGCAGUGGCCGUGACAUGGGCAUUCGGACCAUCAAAACUCUUCGAGAGUGGGGCCUGGCAAUUGAUGAAGCCUUCUUCAUGGAUGGAGCUCCCAAAGGUCCUAUCUUGUCCAAGAUCCAGCCCCAUAUCUUCUUUGAUGAUGGUCUUCACAAUAUCCAGGGCGCCCAGGAUGCUGGCAUACCCUCUGCCUUGGUCCCCUGUGAUUGUUGAAACAGCCCUCAGUAUUGCAGCACUAGAAUUGACUGUGGCAUCUAGGCAACAACUGAAAGGAAAGGGUGGAGCUCUGAAUCCACACUGAACACACUUUAGAACAAAGAAAACAGAAUUGGAUAUGAUGGAGGUAUUGCUGUGAUAUACCUGGAAUAAGUCGAGUGAUACAAUUCAGCAGCAGCAGCAAGCUCAAAAUGCAAAAAAACAAACAAACCCAAGAACAAGAAGAGAAAAACCUACAAUAUAACUAACCAACUCACUGUUCCUCUGCCUAACCAUUUAAAUUUUUAUGUCCUGUUCUUACAGAAGUGGUUCCUAACAAAAUCUGCAAGCACUGAACAGCAGAUCCAUACUACAAGAACACAGAAAAUGCCCCCAUAAGAUACAUCUUCAAUAUUUUGCUCUGGAAGCAAAACAAAAUUCACUAUGUUCUCUGAAUACUGCAUUGGAUUUUCUCCACAAGGAACCCUUGUACUUGUAUAUCUCAACCUUGUUGAAAAACUUUAAUCUCUUUUUGACCUUACAGAGAGUUUGAUGUGGCCAGUAUCUUUCAGGAUUUUAUACAGCAAAUUAAUAUCGGUGUCUUGGGGGAAGGGGGUUGCAAGUAUGUUUUUUCCAAUGCCACAAAUUGAAUAUAAAAUGAGAAAAGAACAAUUUCUAUAUGACCAAUGAAAUAAUCAAUGAAUUAUAGUAGUGAGAGACAUUCCUGUGUCCAUGAUAUAACAUUACUCAGUUCUAUCCUGUUCACUUUCUUGCUUUGGAACAAAAUCUUUGCUGCUACAUAUUUGGACAUUUGAAAAUUAGUCUGUUUAUCAGAUCUGUAUACAAAGUAUGCAGAUGUGUAUAAUAUAAACAGGUUUGCUAGAUGAAACAUAAUACAGCACAGUUUCCAAACCUUUUCAGGUUUGUGUUCUUACCAUUUGCUUCUGCCUUGUUUAGUUUGUAAACACAUUUUUUCUACCUUUGAAAUAAUGCAUAGAUGAUAUUAAUGCCCUUAUCAAAAAAACUUUUCAGAAUCUUCCUAGAAAGCGCCAAUAAAAUGCUUGACUUCUC